AUGGCUACUCCCGACCAACAAAAGCAGCUGCAGGCCUUGUCAGACGAGUACACUGCUCUGCAAACCGAACUUCAAACCACCGUUGCAGCCAGACAAAAGCUCGAGUCUCAACAACAAGAAAACAAGGGUGUCAAAAGUCUCGUGGGCCCUAUCCUGCUAAAGCAGGAUGCAUCCGAAGCAAAGAGCACUGUCGAUGGCCGUCUAGAAUUCAUCGACAAGGAAAUGUGUAAGCAGAUUUCAGACAUCCAAGCAAAGAGCGAGGAGAAGAAGAUGGCUGUCUUCCAACUGCAGACCGAUAUCCAGCAGAGCGGUCAACCGGCAACUUGA